GGUAUGGGAUUCUUUAGAUGAACGCUCAUAUUUGUUUGGCACAGUUUUUACGCCGGAUGCCCUUCCUGACGCAACCCUCCGCAUUUAUCCGGGCUUGGGACCGGCCUACAGAUUGCACUGGUUUGUGCCCCCAUAGGGCUGCAUUGUACAUGGGACAAAUGAUUUCUCUAAUUUACUUUUCAACAGGUUUGUUGAUUCAAAAACAGAUGAAGUGGAAAUUAGGACGUAUUGAACACGAUCAUUGAGGAAGUGUCUUAAAUCAGGAGAUAAGCAAGAAAUGGAACACCUUUGGUUAUGAUAGAUGUGGCCUUUAGGCUGAAAUGGAUCGUGCUUUGAAAGGAGAAAAAUGUGUUCAUGCUUUUGUGACCAUGAGGCUGGAUGACUGGAACUCUUCCUCAAGGGUUGGCGAAGCAAGUCUGUCAAGACCCCCCAGCUGUGACACUGCAGCAUGAGAACUAACCACGAGAAUAGAUUAUAUUUCUCCUGUAGUAGCAAUAGGGGUCUGACAUUCCUGUGUGAAGCUUGCCUGUUCUCCCCAUGCUCACAUGGGUUUUAUCCAGGUACUCUGGCUGCCUCACUCAUUCCAAAACAUAUGGGUUAGGUUCGCUGAAAACUAAACUGUACAAAGAUGUGAACGUGAGUGGUUGUAUGUCGAAAUGAAUCCUGUGAGGGACUUGCAAUCCACCCUGAAUGUACCCGGCCUCUCUCCCAAAGACAGCUAUGAAAGGAUCCAGCUCACCAUGACCCGGAUGGUUUUAUCGUGCUCAAUGUCAUGGCACAGCCAUGUGCUAAUCCCAUCUGAUUUAGUCGGGAAAAGUGGACUAGUUCCCGGAGUGGUUGCCAGUCCGUUCCGGGGCAUUUGUGAAUGGGCCAUUGAGUGGCAAGUGAUUCCACACCAAGUGAACUGGAUGAGCCACUGAACUACAGAAAGAUCUGGUCGGCUGGAUGCAUUGACAACAUCGUGGGGGGGUACUGAAGAUGAAGGGAGGAGAUCGAUUGAUGAAUUGUUGGCUGGACAAAUCAGUGGUGGGAUGGGUAGCCGGCUAGAAGUCUGACUUGGAUGGUGGGUGGGUUUUCUGUCAGCUGCAGGUGCUCUUACAAAAGCUGGGCUUUUACAUGACAGUGUUAAUAGGUCUCAUUUUCAUUCCUGGAGCCGGUUAUAGACCAGCUAGCCUAAAAAUGGCCACCAAAAUAAUUCAUUUCAUGGUUAAUGGGAGAGUGGAACGGGCAGAAUUUGGAGCAGAUUGCACGGCUGAAGAUGUCAAAGACCUGUUUCGAGCAGCAGCAGAGGCGUCUCCUCAUCACAUCCUAAAGCUGUACAAAGCGAACGGCACCAUGGUGAAAAUCUCGCCUAUGCUGGAGCCCAACACCCAGGACUCCUAUUACCGACUGGAGGUGGUGGCAUCUGACUUAAGGAGUGUUACCAUGCCAACUGAUGUGGACAACAUGGAGGACAGGCUAUGUCACCUGGAGACCAAAUUCCUAGAAGAGGCAGGAAACACUCCAGAAAUCAUCAGAGACCUAAAGAGUCAAGUGGAGUCUUUCAAGCGCAAACUUGAGAGCGCCAAGCAUCUGAGCUGGAUGGGCCUGUUCAAGGAUGAGAGCACCCACCAGCUUCCCAAGUUCCCAACAAAAGCCAAAGGAUCUCACUCGAUCUUGGAAGAUGAGCACCAGCAGGUCCGCACAAAGUUCCUCAACAUGAGCUCGCUGCAGGUAACAGAAGAAGUGAGAGAGUAUCUGAAAACUCCCAUUUUUGACAACUGGCAGUGGGAGGAGCCGGAGAUGCUGGUUCUCCUCCAGGUGAUGUUCACCGACCUGGACUUCCUGACAGUGCUCCAUGUCGAGGUGGAAGUCCUCCAGAACUUCCUGUUUGAGGUCUACUGCCACUACAACAACAUCCCCUUCCAUAACUUCCAGCACUGCUUCUGUGUCACCCAAAUGAUGUACGGGCUUAUAUGGCUGACAGACCUCAGGAGCAAAUUGGGUAUGAUGGAUCUUCUGAUCAUGCUGACCUCCGCUCUAUGUCAUGACCUCGACCACCCCGGCUACAACAAUGUCUACCAGAUCAACGCGCAAACUGACUUGGCUCUACGUUACAACGACAUCUCUCCAUUGGAGAACCACCACUGUGCAGUAGCGUUUGGCAUCCUGGCCAAGGACGAGUCCAACAUCCUCAAACAUCUGUCCACAGAGCAGUACAAACACAUGCGAGCAGGAAUGAUCAAGUGCAUUCUGGCCACUGACAUGGCGAGACACAAUGAAAUCCUCAACAAGUUCAAGACCAUCCAGCCUGUCUUUGACUUCAGUAACAAGGAUCACAAGGAAGUGCUUAUGAAAAUAAUGGUGAAGGUGAGCGACAUCUCCAACGAGGCCAGGCCGAUGGCGGUGGCCGAGCCCUGGCUUGACUGUCUCCUGCAGGAAUUCUUUAACCAGAGUGACACAGAAAAACUCAAAGGGCUUCCAGUGACACCAUUCAUGGACCGCGACAAAGUAUCCAAGCCGUCCUCCCAGACCAGUUUCAUUCGCUUUGUCCUGGUGCCACUCUUCACAGAACUAACAAAGCUCUUUCCUUGUCUGGAGCAACAUAUUCUGGAGCCAGUGAAGCGAGCCCUAGAGUACUACUCGGACCUGGAGAGAGCCACGCAGCAGGGGGAGACCGCCAGCAAACCCUGAUGAGACGUCAAAAACAAAAAUGUUUGAGCUGCGUUAGAUGGGAAGUACAAAACAAUAUAAGGAAUUGUGAAACACAUUUCAGAAAAUACGCAAGCAAAAACUGAACCACUUUUACAUUUGACAAACUUACAAAAUGCCCACAACCCUCAGGAGGAUAAGUGAUAUGGACAAUGAAUGAGUGAAUGGAAAAUUAACAACGCAACUUUACAUUUCCGGGAACAAAUUAACAAAAAGAACAACCCCCCCAAAAAAAAAAGACAAAAUCCAAAAACACAUUACAAGUGACAAAAACCGUCAGGACAUGCUCUUCUCCAAUACUACAUACCUGCUC